AUGUUGCUGCAAUUGGUUCUCAUGGCUCUAUGCCUCGUUCUCGGGAUUGUGUCUGCCCAAAAUCCGACAGUCUAUAUCAUUCGGCAUGGUGAGAAGCCCGCGAAUAAGGAUGACCACGGCCUCAUCCUGGAUGGGAUCAAGCGGGCGCAAUGUCUGCGCAGUGUUUUCGGAGAGGGAUCGGGAUACAAUAUUGGGCAUAUUAUGGCGCCUCAUCGUAAGAAGGUCGAAUGCGUUGCUGAGACGGUUCGGUCCUAUGAUGGACCGGGCAAUAUUUUGAUUGCCUGGCGACACACGAAUAUGGGUGGGAUUGAGGAGGCGCUUGGUGCAUAUGAGCCUAUCGAGUACCCGGAUGAUCGCUUCGAUCUCAUUUGGACAGACCCUUGGCCCUAUGGCAAUGUUACGCAGGUUGAGAGCGAGGGUUGUCCCGGAUUGGACACAGAUCGUCUGGUAGACCAGUCUUGA